AUGUUUUUUCCUCUAAUUGCUCAUUUAUUUGUUGGUUUUUCCCCCAGAGGCAGUGGCAGGGGUCCAGGGAGCGAUAUCGACGAGAAGGUGGAGACGGUGGCGGCCGCGGCGCUCCUGUCCGGUGAGGCGCCCCUUCGUGUGAAGAACCUGGCCCUCUCUGACGUCUUCUUCAGCCUGGUGGCCAUGGCCCCUGAGAAGUACCAUAACGAGACGCUGCACAAGAUCCUCAACGACAGGAAGACGUGGGACGACAACCUCCUGGCGACGACGCUGCAGGACAAGAUCAUUAACGACCUCCAAGUUCCCUUGUGUGUCUCGAGGGAAGGCAUACUACCCGGGAUGCCAGAAAUAUUCCUGUACCCGGGUUUCAUUCCGCUUGACCCACCGGUAGAGAAGUGUGGCGAUGGAACAUUCUAAGGUUGUCAUCUCAAGCUGUUACAACAAACUGUCAUCUCAAGCUGUCACUUCAAGCUUUGACCCAAGAUGUUGACUGUUACGGUUGUUGCUGGUAUAUACAGAGACGGCCAUCAGUUAUAGUUAAUACAAAUACACACAUUACAAUAGUAGGUUAUACAUCUUAGAAUGCAAUAUUACUUUACAUUAGGCUACCGUGGACGUUGAUAUUUUAAUACAUGGUGCCAAGACAGGUAUACAUGGGGCCAAGACAGGUAUACAUGGGGCCAAGACAGGUAUACAUGGUGCCAAGACAGGUAUACAUGGUGCCAAGACAGGUAUACAUGGUGCCAAGACAGGUAUACAUGGUGCCAAGACAGGUAUUCAUGGUGCCAAGACAGGUAUACAUGGUGCCAAGACAGGUAUACAUGGGGCCAAGACAGGUAUACAUGGGGCCAAGACAGGUAUACAUGGGGUAUACAUGCGGCCAAACAGGUGGGAAGCUCAGAGUUAUCAGCUGGGAUAUCAGAAUGUGAGUGAUCAACUGGGAGUGAUCAGCUAGAAGAGAUCAACUGGAAGAGAUCUGUUGGAAAAGAUCAGAUAAGAAAGAUCAGCUUGAAGAAAUCAGCUGAAGUCUCAGAUCUGUUGAUAGGGAAAUGAUAACGAUCUAUGCAAUUACCUCUAUGCUUCACUAUACAAAAACCUUUACAGAAAAGGCCGUAAGCCAAAACAACAUUUGACACCAUAGACAAAGAAGACAAGACCAUGAAUACAUCUCGCUACUUCAUUAUACCAAACGUCUGGCAAAAUUCACACACUAAAUAAAGAUAACAUAAAGGCCACCUUCAAAAUAAAGAUAACAUAAAGGUCACCUUCAAAAUAAAGAUAACAUAAAGGUCACCUUCAAAAUAAAGAUAACAUAAAGGCCACCUUCAAAAUAAAGAUAACAUAAAGGUCACCUUCAAAAUAAAGAUAACAUAAAGGUCACCUUCAAAAUAAAGAUAACAUAAAGGUCACCUUCAAAAUAAAGAUAACAUAAAGGUCACCUUCAAAAUAAAGAUAACAUAAAGGUCACUUUCAAAAUCCUUCAUGUACCACCAAAAAAUGAGAAUUGGACAGACAGGUAAAGACUUAGAUAUAAGAUCCAUACAUUACAUGUAUAGCGUUAGAACUGGCUAUAUAUUCAAUUGCCCUUUCGUGCAUUUAGAGAUACUGGCAUUUCAAACACUGUUGGCCUUGUAAAUGGCAGAGAACCAAGUUCUCACUAGACACAGGAGCCCUGCUUUACUAAGUCCUGCUGGCUGUGUCUUUGUUUAGCAAUGUGGCCGUGAGACUCUUUUUUUUAAUUUAAUUAACAAAGUUUUAUAGUGUUACUUUACUAAAUUGGAUUUAAGUUA